GCUUAUCACGUGACGUACAUUCAAACUUCGUCAUCCUGGCCGCUAUUCGAGUUCUUCUUUUGAAACAAGUAGCUGUGGGUGAUAAGCACGUGCAGGAGUUGAUGAACAAUGGAUUCAACGUGAGAACAAUAUCUCCGCAGGAAUUUUUGUUUACUAAUGGAGAGCAGUUGGCAAGUGCUGUCAAGUCUCCUGACAAUUAUUCUGGUUUAAUAUUGACAAGCCAAAGGGCAGUUGAAGCCAUUGAGAAUUGCUUCACAUCAAAGAAUGAGCUUGAAGAAUUUCAGAAGAACGAGCUUCUUCGAUGGCACAACUUGGGCGUGUUUGUUGUUGGGAAGGAAGGCUACAAAUGAAGCUGCCACACAGCUUGGUCUAAAAACAAUGGGAUCGGAGGCAGGAAAUGCUAAGGCAUUAGUUCCGAUCAUCAAACAGUGGUUUGGUUCCAAUCUAUCGGAUAAGCCUCUCCUAUUUCCUUGUGCAGACAUAAGAAAGGACAUUUUACCCGAAGCUCUGAAAACUGCAGGAAUUCCACUGCAAGAGCUCAUUGCCUACUGUACAAGCCCACAUUCAGACCUCCAAGAAAAUGUGCAGUCAUACUUGAGGUCUGAGGGUGAUCCACAGUGUAUCGUUUUCUAUAGCCCCUCAAGUGUACAAUACUCGAUUCAAUUCUUGCAGAGCCAUAUGAAAGACUGGCAAUCUGUUAAGCUGAUUUCUAUUGGACCGAGCACGAGUGAUGCUAUGGAAACGACUGGUUGUUCUGUGACUGCUACAGCCAGCAGGCCGAGUCCCGAAGGCAUUCUGGAAGCAAUUCGAUCUUGUACACAGACAGAAAUGUGUUUGGGCUCUAGUUGAGAUUUGUAGAGCAUAUUGGAUAGUUAUAUUUAAGUAUAUAUGUUCUAGUUAUUGAUUUUAGAAUUUGCUCAUUUAGUUAAUAUCAGCAGAUUACAAUGU